AUGAAGAGACCAGCUGCGCGCCGACAGAGGACCCAGAAGGAGGCGCGUGCAGUGAAGAAGACCGUCGCGAAGAUGAAUGUCGCUUCGGGCGAGGUUGCUAAGGGUGCGGAGUGGUCCUUGCUCACUGAGAGGGGCAAGGUUUUGCCGCGGUUUGCAUCGUGCAUGCCUUGGUCUCCGAUUUUGGCGUCCUGGAAAGUUGGCCUGAAGAAAGCAGAUCCGCUGAAUCUGGUGGUCGACUUGGCGAACCAAAUUCGCUGGAGCAAGGACUACAAGGCGGAACUUACGCGACAUGGCGUAAAGCCAGGGAAGUACCUUGCGCCAGAAGUCGGAGAAUACUUUUCAGGCAGGUGGACGUGGAGUUGGGAACGAAAGUGUUGGAUGCUUCGUGUGAGGGAAGAACAAUGCGAUGCCAACGACAGGCAGUACCUCUACUUAGAGAACGUGGUUGCUAUCUUGCAGCAAAAGGACAACAUGCGUGACAUCAUGAAGUACAUUGUUGAGGACACGACUAUUUGGCCCGCUGGUGCAGUCUGGCUAAGCUUGACCAAGACCAAAUUGUAUUUGCAAAGACCGUUGGCCAACGUUGGAUUUGCGCGAAAUGCCCAAGUUCGGGGUGACAUUUGCACCUUUCUAGAAUACCUGUAUGACAGUGUAGCUGAGACGCUCCCAGACUUUAGGGAUGAGAUGGGAUCCUCAUCGACAGUUCGCCUCACAGUGGAGGACCCAUACGCAAAAGAGAUGCAGAAUCAGCAGAGCGUCGAUGAGUCUUUGGAGGAGGUGGACUUGAGGCCAAGAACAAAGCCCCGCAAGCGCAAAGGCCAAGUUCAGAUCAAUAUGAGCAGAACAUCCGCCACAAUGGAGGAGAGAUUUCUUCCACCGUCCUCGAUGAAGGAGUACUACGAGCAAUACCGCUCACAGAAGGGCUUUCAUAGCGGCGCCGCGCCCUUUCAUUUGACCGGCAUUGGCGGUCCAGGAGCACCGCACGAAUUCACAUUCAACCGCCGCGGAGAUGAGGAUCUUCAUGGCUUCGAGAUUGAAAACAGCAAGUGGGGCUAUGCAGCUCACCCUCAAGAUGUCAUUCUGAGGCUGAAACAGGCCGGGAUGAAGCAGGAUGUCCAAUUUUAUGUCAAGAGUGCUCGCAAAGCGAUCAUCAUAGAUACGGCUGCACAAGCUUGGGCCCGUGGUGUGCCUUGGGAGGAAGCUUUGCGCAUCUCGGAACAGGCAAUGUCAGCAGCAGGGACUGGGCGAGGGUUGGGCAUGCCUGCUAAACGGAAGUCCAAUGGUGGGAAAGAGCCAAAGGCCAAAUUGGGCAAAGUGAGCGCGCUGACUCAUGACGACAUGUUGACCAGCAAAGUCUUCCCAAUGGGUGGGCCCGACAAGUACCUCUCCCAUGUCUACAACGAUCCGGCAAAGAUGCUCGAUUUUGCAGACUGGAUUGACCAGUGUGCGCCGCCGGACCCAAGGAUGCUGACAGAUCCCAACCUCCCCGGUGUUGAGAAGAUUUCCACCGCAUCCAUCCCGAAAGAGUUCUUGGAUGGUGACUACUCCGAGCUUCCGUCGACCAUAGGAGGUGGCGCCCUGCUGCCCCCUUUUUCAACCGGCUAUUGCAAGGGCUGGAAGAGGGCCACCGUGGCGCUGAUCGUUCUCCAAGCAAUACGGGAACUGGAUCUGAAAGAUGUAGUCUCCCACCACAUCAAGGAUGUUCGCGCCACUGUCAACGCGAACAGAGGCAAGGGCGAAGCUGAAGCUGUUUCAGCGCUGAUGACAGCGAUUCCUCCAAGCGUUGUCGAGAUCUUGGAGGAUGCGGUGAGGAAGCGCGGAAUGCUGCGCUUUAUCACGCACGAGGUGUUGUCCAAGGGCACCUUUUCUUCAUCCUGGUCGCCUUUCGUUGCGAAGAUCGAGACAGCAGUCCAGGAUGCGGAGGAUGAGAAAGCCGCCGAGCUUCAGCGAAAACUCCGCCAGGCUGACCUGGAUCACCUUGUGGCGCAGAUCAACAAGGAUGUGGAGGCACUUGAGAAGCACCUCAUCCCCAGCGACCGGAUGGCUGAGGAACACGCACUUGACAUGAAGCAAGGGGUUCAAUACGUGGAAAAGUGGCUGGGGAAGCAUUGCACCUUGAGAAAGGUGUCUGACACCAUGGACGCUGCCAUCCCAGACUUUUUGAAAUGGAAGGAGCAAUUUCGAUCUGCAGGGGAGCAGUACAUUAUACUCACUUUGGAUUGCACGGUGUUUCCCGCCAACUCGACAUACUUGGCAGCAUCUUUGAAGACCUUUGCAACUUUGCUGUCGAUGAGCAGUACCAUGAUUGGACUGGUGCUUUACCCGGUCUACCAAACGCAAACAUCCGAAGCUGCUUUGGUCAAGCACAAGCAGCAGCUGGACAAUGCUUUGCUGAAGGGAGGAUUGUCAGUGAUCCACAUGAUCCAAGUCCUGUACGAGAAACCGGACUCUACCGCGAAGGAUAGCCGGGGCUUGUAUCAACCUGCACUGGCAAGCUUCCACGGACACUUCUCGAACCACAGUUUUCAGCAGUGCUUGCCAGUGCGUGAAGGGAAACUGGGACCAGCGCCUUUGAUAAAGGUUGGGGACUUCAUUGGAUAUGACAGUGACUCCCAACCCGGCGCAAGCGCUCGUGUGGAGCAGAAAGGCAUCCCAUGCCAUGAAACGAUCGUGGAGGCAUUGCUUGCUGGAAUGACCCUGAACCCUGUCGACGUGGUCAUGCUGGUUGAUUGUUUGCCGAACAGGUUUUGCGAGAUGGGGCGAGCUAUGGCUGCUCGAAACCUGAAAGAGAACGCCCGCGCUGUCCACUACUUUGGCUAUGUCCUGAAUGAGUUCGACAAGAAUUUAGCUGACAUUAGGUCAAAAGUGUACGACUCUUGGGACACUUCGCCCACAAGCCCGCCAAAAACCCGAGUCGCCAGGGAGGAGGCAAGAAGCCCGCCUUCUCUCAAUUUGCUUGCUUGGUCGAAUGGCGCGCCCUUGUUUCCAGCUGCUUUGCUGUCCAGGUUUCAGGAGGGAACUUCUGAGCACUUGAAAAUGGAGGAGCUUAAGGAGAGCUUUGUGAGAAAGUUCCCGCCGGCGGCGGCGCCGAGCCCAUCCACCAGCGGCCGCGGCGGCAGGGCCAGGGCUGGUGGGCUUUGUGAUUUUAGCAUUGAUGGCGAUCAGCAGCCCUUGGACCCAUCCCGUUUGAUUGACCUUCCGCAAAUUCCUGCUGACAGCUUCACAGUGGCCAGGAAGGCUGAAUGCGGCGCAGCGGGGAAGAAACCGUCCAUCGCCAUUGACGAGACUUUUGGGAUAUGGCUUGGCAAUUUGACGGACGCUGACAUCACAGUGCAGGCUGGCGAACUUUUUGGUUUUGGCAGAGGGUCCUACGAGCAAAAGGAAGUACGUGACAUCAAGGACAUCAUCCAUGGUGUACCUUGGCGCCUUCGCAAUGACUUGUCCCUCAUCGCGUUCGAGAAGGAGCUCAUGCCAAUGUGCCAGUUGCUCAGGAAGCUGGCGGUUGACAAUGGCUUGAGUGAAGUUCAACUCCCGGACCAUAUUUUGACACCACGAAUGGCGGAGGGUGGCACGGUGCCUGUGUGCUUCCGCUACGAGAUCAAGCCCGUCGCUUCUAUGACCACCAACGUGUUCAAGCCUGUUCGAGAGGACAGGGAGGACCCCGACUGGCGCCAUUCCACCUUGGGAGGGUACUUCGUGGGUCAUAUGGAGAAAUUGGUUGACAACAAGCGAGCCUCAGUGGUUUGGGAGGCCAUGUCUUGA